AACACUCUCACUCACUCUCUCUCUCACACACACACAGACUCACACACACACAGAUACACACAGGUUCACUGCUGGUCUAAAAAUAACCGGAGGGUUGUCCAGAUUCCAUGAUAAAUUGUUUUGGAACAAAAGGUUUGCAGCUGCUGAGGGUCUGUGGUUUGGGACGUGUCCGAGCUGAGAGACACUCGCACGCCCGUGUGUGUGUGUGUGCAGCAAUGGGGGAGCCGAAGGCUGAGGUGAAGGUGCUAAAUGAAGAAGGAGAUGCCAAGCCACACCUGAAUAAAAAUGGGAAAAGGGGCGGAGCUGCAGGCGGGUCAUCGUUCUUCACCUGGUUCAUGGUUUUGGCUCUUCUGGGUGUCUGGACCUCCGUCGCUGUCGUUUAUUUUGAUCUGGUGGAUUAUCAGGGAGUGAUCGGUAAACUCUCGUCCUACGAUGCUGAUGGUGACGGAGACUUCGAUGUGGAAGACGCUAAGGUCCUGCUGGAGGAGAAACCAGGAGAUUUGUCCAGGAAUAAAGAACAUCCUCACGCCAAAGACGUUGGUCUGAAACUGAGAGAAGCUCUUAAAGAGCAGCUCACCAUCAUCCACGAGAGAGUGGAGGCCAGAAAGAUCGCCAAGAUGGCGCUGGCGGAGGUGAGGAGCAUCCUGGCCAAGGAGGAGGAGGAGAAGGUCCUGGAGCGGAUCAGAGAGGAAUCUGAGCUUAAAGCCUGGGAGAGAGCGGAGGCUCGACUCCGAGAGGAAGGAGAACGGAUAGAGAGGGAGGAUGUGGAAAAGGCCAUGGAGAGGAUCAGGAGAGAGAAAGAGGAGAGAGAGAGAAAGGCAAAGAAGAUCCAAACAAAAGAAGAAGAGGAAAAGGCGGGGAAAGAGAAGAAAACUCUCGAUAAAGCUGCUGAAGUCUGGGACAGAAAUCCUGAGAAAGAUGGAAAAGAAGCUAAAAAGCCCAAAAAGAAGCAAUGUCAUACCUGGUGUGUGUGCAUCCACAUGUGGAAACCCUCAGGACUGAAGGAGAAGCCAGAUGUUACGGCCUCUGGACCGUCCGCUCCUGCUGAAGCCCCAGAGCCGGUGGAAGAGGAACAGAUCCACGCUGCUAAAGUUGAAGAAACAGCUGAGUUUCCUGCAGAGGCUCAGGCAGUGGAGGAGGAGCCUGAAGCUUUAGAGGAGGAGGAGCCUGAAACAGUGGAGGAGGAGCCUGAAGCUUUAGAGGAGGAGGAGCCUGAAACAGUGGAGGAGGAGCCUGAUGAUGUGGAAGAGGAGCCUGAGGAUGUGGAGGAGGAGCCUGAGGACGUGGAGGAGGAGCCUGAGGACGUGGAGGAGGAGCCUGAGGACGUGAAGGAGGAAGUAAAACCACUGAUGGAAGAAGAAGAGGUUCCUGAAGAAGAGCCUGAAGUGGUGGAGGAUGAGCCAGAAAUAGCAGAUGAUGUGUCUGUGGAAGAGGAGGCAGUGGAAGAAGCUGUGCUUGUUAAAGAGGCAGAGGAACCUGCCCCUGCUGAGGAAGCAGUUGAAGAGCCAGUUGAGGAACCUGCCCCUGUUGGAGAGACUGUAGAAGAGUUACUUUCUGUUGAGGAGACCAACGAGGCAUCAGUUGAAGAAGGAGUAGUUGAGGAAACUGUUCCUGUUGAAGAAGCAAGUACUGUAGAAGAGGCCCUUAAGGAGGUUGCAACUACAGUUGAGGAAGUAGAAGAAGCGGCAGCAGUUGAAGAAACAGCAGAAGAACCUGUCCCUGUUGAAGCUGUUGUAGAAGAGGCAUUGUCAGUUGAGGAAGUAGUGGAGGAGCGUUCACCAGUGAAAGAGGGAGUGGAGGAAGUAGCACCUGUUGAAGAAACAGUAGAAGAACCCGCCUCUUUUGAAGAGGAUGUAGAAGAGGCAGCUCCUACGGAGGAAGUGACGGAGGAGGCCUUAACAGAAGAGCCUGAGGGUGCAGAAGAAGAGCAGGAUGUGUUUGAAGCAGAAGACACGCUGGAAACAGAAGGAUCAGAGGAGGAACCUGAUGAACAGCCAGAAGAAGAUGCAGAGGACGUAGAAGAACAGGACGAGGACGAGGACGAGACGACGGAAACGUAAGUUUUGGCACCGUGUGUGGAGGCGGAGAGGAUCAUCCCACUACGACUGAGCAGCUGCAGCGGAGAACACCACCAGCAUCCUGAUCAACACCUUUAGGCUUUAUUUUAUUUUACCAGACGCUCAGAUGUUUGAAUGGUCACGCACCUGGUUUUCUCCUGUACUCGUUUGAGAAAUUUUUCCCUGUAAUUCCUCUUCCUGUUCCUUCUGACACCGGCUCUGCUAUUCCCACUCUGAGCUUUUCCUUAUGUUUCUAUUAUACCUGAAAACGCCGUUGUUGAGAAUCAGAUGACUUCCUGUCUAUUGAAGCUGCUUUGUGGGUGUGAGAUCUUCACGUGUGUGUGUGUGUGUAUGUGUGUGUGGUGUUAAUGUGAAGGUAUGACACAAAGCUGCACUGACGUUUCUAAUGGCUUUCACUCCUCACUUCAGAACUUAGAGAAAGGUGCCAGUUUUUGUAUGCUGUGCGUGUGUAUGUGUGUGCGUGUGUGUGUGUGUGUGUGCGCGCAUGUGCCCUUUGAGCCGUGUUUAUUGCAGAGCGAUGAAUCUCUUUGUGAUGGUUCAUUUUAAUUGUACACACAGAGGCUUUCAGUGUUUGCAGGAGUUGACGAUAACUCACGAGCUGGGUCACGGAUGCAGUUGCAGCCUGAUCUAGAACCUCUUUUGUCUCGUUCUUUCAUCAUUAUCAUUAUUUUGGAUUUGGACUCAAACUACACGGUUCCGUUUCAGCAACACUGUUAACCUGAAAGUGGGGGUGUGCCAAUACUUAUAAUCACAUCACCAUAAGCACCUAGAUUUAUUGAGUCAUGGUUUAUGAUCAUUGUGGUGCUGGGGGAGAAUGACUGUGUUCCACUUUCACCAGCAUGUUUAAUAUUUUUUACUCUCAGUGGAACUCCCUCAGGGUUCGACUUCCUGAACCAUGAGGAAAUGACCACACGCCGUUUUAAAUGUUGUGUUUUGAAUCUCAGAUACAGCGGUGUGCUGGAGAUUAUUGACCGCGUUCACACACACUGUUCAGCGCAGGUUUCCCAGCCGCUGUACAGAGACAGAACUCUCCUGAUUAAUCACGUCACAGCUCACACAGCAGGGUUUUAUUCCUGUGAUUUCAGUCCUUACACGUCUGUUGAUGUGAUGCUGAUUUCACACACACACACACACACACACACACACACACACACACACACACACACACACACACACACACACACAUUUAAAAAUUCAGCUUUUAAACUUUUUUUCUUUCCCUAAAACACUUCAGGAUGUUUUUUUUCUUAACACUUAUGGAGUCAAUGUGAAUUUUUAAGGUGGUUUUAACUUUGGGUAAUUUACAAAUAGUGUUUAUUAUUAUUAUUAUUAUUAUUAUUUUAAAGUAGUUCUGUGGAGGUGUUUUAGUGGGAGACGUUUCUAAGCCAUAAGUGGGACUUGGGAUUUGGAGCAGAAAGAAAAACAAACCAGCAAUAAAUCUUCCUGCAGGUGAUUUAAUUGCAGUUCUGGUUUAAACAGGAUUUUAUUUUGGAUUAGGUUUACAUGAUAUCCUGCUGUAUGGGUCUAACACACUAAGUUAUUGCAGAUUUCGGGACUUUUGGGUCAUAGUUCUGUAAGAAAGGGUCGUCAGUUUUCUGUUUGAGUGCUGCAAUAAAGGUUUGGGACAAAAACAUA